GAGCCUGGAGCUGGAGGAGAGCGUUUACCGGCGGGCGGCGGGUUUUAUGAAUGAAGCUAUGGCUACAGAUUCUCCUCGCAGACCCAGUCGCUGUACUGGUGGUGUUGUGGUUCGGCCUCAGGCUGUCACAGAGCAGUCCUACAUGGAAAGUGUUGUGACAUUUCUACAGGAUGUUGUACCACAGGCUUACAGUGGAACACCUCUAACAGAAGAAAAGGAGAAAAUAGUCUGGGUCAGAUUUGAAAAUGCAGAUUUAAAUGAUACAUCCAGAAAUCUGGAAUUUCAUGAAAUACACAGCACGGGGAGUGAGCCGCCUCUGCUGGUUAUGAUCGGCUACAGUGAUGGCAUGCAGGUCUGGAGCAUCCCUCUCAGCGGGGAAGCACAGGAACUCUUCUCGGUUCGACAUGGCCCAAUUCGAGCUGCCAGAAUCUUGCCUGCUCCGCAGUUUGGUACUCAAAAGUGUGACAACUUUGCUGAAAAAAGACCUCUCCUUGGUGUUUGUAAAAGCAUUGGAUCUUCUGGCACAAGCCCUCCUUACUGCUGUGUGGAUCUGUAUUCACUUCGCACUGGGGAGAUGGUCAAGUCCAUACAAUUUAAAACACCAAUCUAUGACCUCCACUGUAACAAGCGGAUACUUGUUGUAGUCUUGCAGGAGAAAAUUGCUGCCUUUGAUAGCUGUACCUUCACAAAAAAAUUCUUUGUUACAAGCUGCUAUCCAUGUCCAGGGCCAAACAUGAACCCUGUUGCUCUUGGGAGCCGCUGGCUGGCUUAUGCAGAAAACAAGUUGAUUCGAUGCCAUCAGUCCCGUGGUGGAGCGUGUGGAGACAACAUUCAGUCUUAUACUGCCACAGUCAUUAGUGCUGCUAAAACACUGAAAACAGGCUUGACAAUGGUUGGGAAAGUGGUAACCCAGCUGACAGGCACGCUGCCUUCAGGUGUGACAGAAGACGAUAUUGCCGUCCACAGUAACUCACGACGGAGCCCGUUGGUCCCAGGCGUAAUCACAGUUAUUGACACCGACACAGUUGGAGAGGGCCAGGUGCUUGUGAGCGAAGAUUCGGAUAGUGAUGGUAUUGUGGCCCACUUUCCUGCUCAUGAGAAACCAGUGUGCUGUAUGGCUUUUAAUGCAAGCGGAAUGCUUUUAGUUACAACAGAUACACUUGGCCAUGACUUUCAUGUCUUCCAAAUUCUGACUCACCCUUGGUCCUCAUCACAAAGCGCAGUCCAUCAUCUGUAUACUCUUCACAGGGGAGAAACUGAAGCCAAAGUACAAGAUAUCUGCUUCAGUCAUGACUGUCGCUGGGUGGUGGUCAGUACGCUCCGGGGAACUUCCCAUGUUUUCCCCAUCAACCCUUAUGGCGGCCAGCCUUGUGUCCGUACACAUAUGUCACCACGAGUAGUGAAUCGCAUGAGCCGUUUCCAGAAAAGUGCUGGGCUGGAAGAAAUUGAACAAGAACUGACAUCUAAACAAGGGGGUCGUUGUAGUCCUGUUCCCGGCCUGUCAAGCAGCCCAUCUGGCUCACCUUUGCAUGGGAAACUGAACAGCCAAGACUCCUACAACAAUUUUACUAACAACAACCCUGGCAACCCGCGCCUAUCUCCUCUCCCCAGCUUGAUGGUAGUGAUGCCUCUUGCUCAAAUCAAGCAGCCAAUGACCUUGGGGACCAUCACCAAGCGAACAGGGCCUUAUCUGUUUGGAGCGGGGUGUUUUUCCAUAAAAGCUCCAUGCAAAGUUAAACCACCUCCUCAAAUUUCACCCAGCAAAUCAGUGGGCGGAGAAUUUUGCGUGGCUGCUAUCUUUGGAACAUCCAGAUCAUGGUUUGCAAAUAAUGCAGGUCUUAAAAGAGAAAAAGAUCAGUCAAAACAAGUCAUAGUUGAAUCUCUGUACAUUAUCAGCUGCUAUGGGACCUUAGUGGAACACAUGAUGGAGCCACGGCCCCUAAGUACGGCCCCUAAGAUUAGUGAUGACACGCCACUGGAAAUGAUGACGUCACCUCGGGCCAGCUGGACUCUGGUCAGAACCCCUCAAUGGAAUGAAUUGCAACCACCAUUUAACGCAAACCACCCUCUGCUCCUCGCUGCAGACGCAGUACAGUAUUACCAGUUCCUGCUUUCUGGCUUGGUUCCUCCUGGAAGUCCUGGACCCCUGACUCGGCACGGGUCCUAUGACAGUUUAGGUUCUGACCACAGCGGACAGGAGGAUGAAGAGUGGCUUUCUCAGGUUGAAAUUGUAACACAUACAGGACCCCACAGACGUCUGUGGAUGGGUCCACAGUUCCAGUUUAAAACCAUCCAUCCGUCAGGCCAAACCACAGUCAUUUCAUCCAGUUCUUCCGUGUUGCAGUCACAUGGUCCAAGUGAUACUCCGCAACCCCUUUUGGAUUUUGACACAGAUGACCUUGAUCUCAACAGUCUCAGGAUCCAGCCAGUCCGCUCUGACCCAGUCAGCAUGCCAGGGUCAUCCCGUCCAGUCUCUGACCGAAGGGGAGUUUCCACAGUGAUUGAUGCUGCCUCAGGUACCUUUGAUCGCAGCGUGACCCUGCUGGAGGUGUGUGGGAGCUGGCCGGAGGGCUUCGGGCUGAGGCACCUGUCUUCCCUGGAGCACACAGAGGAGGGCCUCCGAGAGCGGCUGGCUGAUGCCAUGGCCGAGUCCCCGAGCCGAGACGUGGUGGGAGCUGGAACAGAGACACCCCUUGAUGUAGCAGUAAAACACACCACCCCUGAGAGGCACAUGGCUGUGAAGUGUUUGGAACUGCAGCGAGAGGGAAGCAUCGAGACUCUGAGUAACAGCUCAGGUUCCACCAGCGGCAGCAUCCCAAGAAACUUCGAUGGCUACCGAUCUCCGCUCCCCACCAAUGAGAGUCAGCCCCUCAGCCUCUUCCCUACCAGCUUCCCAUAGGCACCAGCCACCUGCUUCUGCCUGGCCAGCCCACUCCCUGCUGGAGGAAGGAAGAGGAGACGCCCCCUCUGGCCCCGCCCUCUAGGCUCAGCUCUCUCUCGUCAACCUUCCCCAAGCUUACCCUUCCUGAUCUAGGAGACACCCUUUUCCCAAGCACCUCAGCACCCUUUGACUUGGGCUGAGGGGCUGUGGACAGGAGAGGCUCCAGGAGCCCAGCCCCCUCCACCAUUUGCACAUGACACUCUGCAUUGGAUCCGAGUUUGCAUUUUCUAACCUACCCACAGGGGGCCUGGGACUGUGCCCAGAUCUUGGGACCUGAAUGGGGAGAGGGUGAAUGGCCCCUGUGGGCAUUCUGACCCUGAGCAGGACAGCCCAGCCCCGGCCACUUCAGGCUGUGACUCACUGCCCCCAGCUUCCCUUGGUCAGGCACCCUUCCCCAUCAUGGGGUGAACUGAGGCCCAGAGUAUUAGGGAAGGAGGGAGGAGGGGGAAGCCUCCCCUUCCUCCUACCUUUCGCUUUCAGUUCACGGGAAACAUUUUUGUCUGUCUUAUCCCUAAACCCUUGUACUCUGGUCCUGUCCUGUUCAGUGAAGGAAACUGGUUACUGAGGCCCUGUCAAAAAGUGCACGUCUUGUCUAAUAAAUCACGCUGCGAUUGGUGUCCA